AGCCGACAGCAGUACCACGUCAGCAGGCCCCCGGCCUGGUCUAUGCUUUUGUGCUCACAAACAACUGUCAUGGACCAGAAGUCCGGGGAAACGGACGAGGCCUAUCAGGCCCGGAUGCUGCUUCUGAUUACCGAAGCUAAGCAAUCGUCGGAUGCAGUAGCAGCCGCAGCACAGAAGAAGGCAGAGGGCGCCGAGAAGGCACGUCUGCUGGCAAUUGAACAGCAGCGCCAGCAUGACGAGGCAGCAGCAAAGGCUGCCGAUAAAGAACGAGUUCAACGUCGUGAGAAGAUAUUCAGCGGAGAGCAAGCUUUGCUCACAAUGGCAGCGGAUUGGCGGACCGAGUCUGAGAGUGGCAAGAUGGAAGACCGUGAAAACAAGAUCGCUCUACUCCUAUCCCAUCUCACGGACCUCCUGGCAACAUGCAUUACACAGCAGGAGGACAUCCACAGCCUCAACGACGCGCUGACUCAAGUCCACGGCCGCCUCCGGCAGCUGGAGCAGCGCCCUGUCGCCGCCCCCGAUGCCAGCUCUUCCAACACCUCCGAUCGCCUCGAGGCAUUGGAGAUUGAUGCCGGCUCCCUCAAGGACGGCGUGCAAUUACAGCAAACCGCAACGCAACAGAUGGAGCAGCGGAUCUGUACUGCCGCCAACAACUCGAGCUUGGAACCGUGCGAGACAGCUUCAAAGUUCGACGGGCAGGAGAUCUUCUGCGACUCGAUGAAGACAGAUCCGAUUUCAUGGUUCCACAAGUUCGAGCUCACACUGCAGCUACACUACGUCAAAGAACACAAGCACCACGCGUACUUAUACUCCCGGUCGAGGGGUGCGUACCAGGCAUGGUUGGACAAUCUCUUGUCCAAGUACCGAGUGGUAGCUGCCGACUUGCAUACCAAGAUUAGUUGGGAUGAUCUGAAGGAGGCGUGGCAUAAGCGGUUCCAAGUAGAGCCGGCGGAGAUCAAGGCAAUGGACAAGCUGAUGGUCUUCGAACAAGGCACACUACUGAACGAUAUUCUCGUCUAUAGCCGGUCAUUGGAGGAUCAUCUUGAGCACCUUCGACGAGUGUUGGAGACGCUCCGCCGCGCUAAGUACAAGGCCAACCGCGACRAGUGCGAAUUUGUCCGGCAAGAGCUGGAAUACUUGGGCCAUUUUGUCACACCGGAGGGCAUCAGUCCGCUAUCGGACAAGAUUCAAGCCAUCCAAGAGUGGCCGGAGCCACGGAACGUCACGGAUGUUCGUUCGUUCCUUGGUCUCGCCGGCUACUACCAGCGUUUUAUCAAGGGCUACUCGAAGAUCACGACCCACUUGACCAAGCUUCAAUGCGAGGAUCGGCCGUUUGACUUCGGAGAGGAGGCGCAGGAAUCAUUUUUGGCUCUCAAAGCCGUGCUAUUAUCUGCGGAGGUCUUGCGCAUAUACGACCCGCUUUUGCCUACGCGCGUCACUACGGAUGCGUCCGGCUAUGGCAUUGGUGCCGUCCUCGAGCAACACGAUGGCGUGGACUGGCACCCGAUCGAGUAUUUCAGCAAGAAAGUGCCCGUCGUGCACUCCAUUGACGAUGCACGCAAGAAGGAGCCCCUCGCCUUCGUCCACGCGCUCAAGCGGUGGUGGCACUUCCUCCUUGGUCGAAGCCAAUUCCGAUGGGUAACGGACAGCGAUCUGUUGGUCUUUUACAAGACCCAAGACACCGUCUACAGCAGCAUCACUCGAUGGAUGGCUUUCAUUGACCAGUUCGACUUCUUUCCCGAUCACAUUCCGAGGAAGUCGAACCGUUUUGCGGAUGCUCUCUCACGGCGUCCAGAUCAUUGUACCAUGGUCUAUUCAACCUUCGAGAUCGACAACGACCUGCGGGACAGCUUCAUCCGCGGCUAUCAAGCCGACCUCGAGUUUCGCGACAAGUACGCGAAUUGCUCCUCUCCUAAUCCGGCGCCUUCUCACUACCGGAUCCAAGAGGGGUACUUGCUUGUCCACACACGGGGGAAGGACCUUCUUUGCGUACCGAGUGACCCUCACUUGCGUACGCGGCUUCUUGGCGAGUUCCACGAUGCUGCCGCCACCAGACACUUUGGAGUCAAUCGCACGAUUGGCCGACUUCGCGAGCGAUUUUGGUGGUCCGGCCUUGUCGACGACGUCACACGUUAUUGCGAGUCAUGCGAUGUUUGCCGACGCUGCAAAUCCCGCAACCAUCGUCCAUAUGGCGAGUUGCGACCAUUACCGGUCCCCUUGCGGCGAAGGGAAGCGAUUGCCAUGGACAUUAUCGGCCCGUUCCCCAAGCACAAGACCAGCGUGGAUGGGAUUCUCACGGUGGUCGACCGACUCACCAAGUUCGCCAUGUUUUUGCCUUGCCGCUAUCAUGCCAAGGCACCGAAGUUGGCCGAGUGGGAGGAGGAGGUCGUGCGAGGGGGAGGAGGAGGUUGUGCGAGGGGGAGGAGGAGGUUGUGCGAGGGGGAGGAGGAGGUUGUGCAAACGAGAGGAGGAGGUCGGAAGAGGGGAAGGAUGACAUCGCACAAGGGGGAGGAGGUAGGAAGACAGAUUGAAGGAGGUGGCACGAGGGGGAGGAGGAGGUUGCACAAGGAGGAGGUCGUGCGAGGGGAAGCGGACGUCGCACAAGGGGGAGGAGGUCGGAAUAGAGGUGGGAGGAGGUCGUGCGAGGUGGAUGAGGAGGGGGAGGACGAGGUCGCACAAGGAUUAGGAGGUCGCGCGAGGGGAGGAGGGUCGGAAGAGGGAGGAAGUUGCACGAGGGGGAGGAGGGGAUCGCGCGAGGGGUAGGAGGAGGUCGCGCAAGGGGGAGGAGGAGGUCACACGGAGGUUGCAUAAG